AUGGAUAGAACCAGAGCUUCAGUUGUAUUCUCCCAGAGGAAGAGACAGAAAGAGAUGCAUUCCCCAAACCUUUCCUGCAGUUAUGAAAUAAAGUUCAGUAACCUUGUCAUUUUUAUUAUGCAGAGGAAGAUGGGAAUGACCAGAAGGACCUUCUUGAUGGAGCUGGCAAGAAGAAAAGGUUUCAGAGUAGAGAGUGAGCUAAGUGAUUCUGUCACUCAUAUUGUGGCUGAGAACAACUCUUACCUGGAGGUGCUGGACUGGCUGAGAGGACAGACUGUGGGUGACAGCUCCAGGUUUGAACUGCUGGAUAUCUCCUGGUUCACAGCCUGCAUGGAAGCGGGAAGACCAGUUGAUUCAGAAAUUAAGUAUCGUCUCAUGGUAAGAGACUCUUCAGUUGCCCAAUAUGCUGAUUCCUGGAGCCCAGGAAAGCCAAAAAUGCCAUCAUUUGUUGCAAGUGAAGUACCUCAGUAUUCGUGCCAAAGGAAGACAACAUUAAAUAAUUACAACAAGAAAUUCACGGAUGCCUUUGAGAUAAUGGCUGAAAAUUAUGAGUUCAAAGAAAAUGAAAUAUUCUGCCUGGAAUUUCUGAGAGCAGCUUCUGUGCUGAAAUUUCUGCCAUUUCCAGUAACCAGAAUGAAAGAUAUACAAGGGUUGCCCUGCAUGGGAGACCGAGUCAGAGAUGUCAUUGAGGAGAUUAUUGAAGAAGGGGAGAGUUCCAAAGCUAAAGAAGUGUUAAAUGAUGAACGAUACAAAUCAUUUAAGCAAUUUACUUCAGUCUUUGGAGUGGGAGUGAAGACAGCUGAGAAAUGGUACAGAAUGGGUUUACAAACUCUGGAAGAGAUAAAAGCUGACAAAACCUUGAAGCUCUCAAAAAUGCAGAAAGCAGGGUUUCUCUACUAUGAAGACCUUGUUAGCUGUGUAACUAAGGCAGAAGCAGAUGCAGUAAGCUUGAUUGUCAAGAGUACUGUGUGUACAUUUCUACCAGAUGCUUUAGUUACCAUAACUGGUGGCUUCCGGAGGGGCAAGAAGACUGGACAUGAUAUAGAUUUUUUGAUCACCAGUCCAGGACCAAGAGAAGAUUAUGAACUUCUGCAUAAAGUUGUUGACUUAUGGAAAAAGCAGGGCUUACUCUUAUAUUGUGAUAUCAUUGAAUCAACAUUUGUAAAAGAACAACUACCAAGCAGAAAUGUUGAUGCCAUGGAUCAUUUUCAGAAGUGUUUUGCAAUUUUAAAAUUAUAUCAGCCAAGAGUGGACAACAGCAGUUACAACAUGUCAAAAAACUUUGAUAUGGCAGAAGUCAAAGACUGGAAGGCAAUCCGUGUUGAUCUGGUCAUAACCCCCUUUGAGCAAUAUGCAUAUGCUCUGUUGGGCUGGACAGGCUCCAGGCAAUUUGGACGUGAUUUGAGGAGAUACGCUACUCACGAAAGGAAGAUGAUAUUGGAUAACCAUGCCUUAUAUGACAGGAAAAAGAGGAUCUUUCUUAAAGCUGGAAGUGAGGAAGAAAUCUUUGCACAUCUUGGCUUGGAUUAUGUCGAACCAUGGGAAAGGAAUGCUUAAAACGAUUUGCUGCUGUACAUCAAUUGAUAGCAAUGAUUUUCUGCCAAUCUUGCAGUCUGAUUUAGAUCAGAUAUUUGGAUAUAUCUAGAUAUAUUUAGAAUAUGUAAAAAAUCUGUCUCUAUGAAAACUAAAAUUUUUUAAGAUGUAUUAGUUAGAAGCCAUCACACAUGCUGAUGUUCCUAGAAAAGAAGAGUUUAGGUUCUUUUGAAUUCUUUUCUGGUUUAGUCUUUGAAGUUUUGUACCUUGGAGUGACAAGAUUGAGCUUGUUUUGGGGGAAAACAUGAAACUGGUGAGAUUUUUGCGUGUGACAGGAACUUAACAUCUCUGUGAAUACUUGUUUAUUAAAAUACUGCCAGCUAGGACAGUGCAUAAAUAAUAUAAAAUAUUUGAGCUGAGUCCAAAAAUUACUAAAAUACAUGCUUAUCUUUAACUGAAUUUCUUAACUAUUUUGCUGAAUCUCUAUAUAAAACUGCUUAUGUAUCUAGGACUUAAUGACCUAGACAGUAAUUAGUCUGGCAGUCACAUCAAUUUGAGGCUUAAUCUGUAAUAUCUUUCCAAGUGGGACACCAUGUUACAAAAACCAUAAACAAUUUGAGAAUUCAGUGAGAGUUACGAAAUUUCACAGGGAGGGAUUUUGGAAAGUGAAAGUGGAAUAACUCAGUAGAAAUCUUCAAUUGUGAGGAAAAUAUACUAUAAAUUGAGAGUACUGAUUCGGACUAAAGAAGAUUCAAGUGGUGAUGUGAUGGUCCUCAAUCAGGAAUUUGUAUUAUAACCUGCAUGAAAACAACGGCUUUAACUGUCAGGCUGGUGGCUGCUCUGGGAUGAGAUCUUUUAAUUGUCUGUACUCAAUUUAGAUAGCUGGAAAUUUAUUUAUUAGAAGAUAUACUUGCAUUGAUUGGAAGUCUUAUCUGAGCUGUUUGCCUGUUGGCUUCUCUAAAAUGAUAUUCCUUUUUUAGGUCAAAAAUUAAUCUUAGGUGUAAGAGACUUUAUGAUAAAAGUAACCCUAUGAGAUAUUUUGGUUUCAGAAAAUUUCCAGGUAGAUCUUUUCACUGUAAUGAUAAUGAGCAAUUUGUAACACAUUUAUCCUUUAAUGAACAAGGGCAUUCAGUGCUUUAGUACAUGAAGU